UCGUGAGAGAUGCAUCCGAUACGAAACCCCACGCUAUCGGAUGAAUUGCUCGCUUCUGCACCCGUUUUCCACCACCCCCGUUUGUUGCCCCAGAUUUGUGUGGGAACGCUCUCUUCCCUCCGUUGCCCCAAAGGAGGCCCCUCACCCCCAUCGUCGUCGCUUUUUGCAUCGUGGGUCCCCUUGUCCCCACCUCACCCAGGAAUGUACAGUCGAGCACACGCCCACCUACCCAGGUAUGCCCUACUAUCUACACUAAGAUGCAUCCAGAAGACCAAAAAGAGGGGAGCACAGCCGUUCGUAAGAGGUGCAAUUGCGGGAAGAACCCGAGCACGGGCGGGAACGGUGGCGACGCGGAAGCCUUUUCCUCUUACCCACUACCCACACGCCUUUGUCUGGCCUUGCCGCCCUUCCGGUCCCGUCUCCUCAACGACGCUAUGCGUGGUCCACCGGUUUUCAUCACUGCAUCUAGGUAUCCACUCAAAGGGCCUGUGCCGUUGAUCAACACCCAGACAAAUGUUUUUUUACUUGAUGUUGCCUUUUCUUCUACGCCUGGCUUGACCGCGCUCAACGACUUUACUGUACUGUACAAAUUAAAGCGCAAACAAAAGAUUUACCAAUGCCACAUUCCUCUGACUUACUUGGGGUGUGUGUGUGAGAGAGCAAGAGCCUCGCCAAGACAGUCAUACAACCUCGUGCUUUUCGCUUUCGGCACAAUUUUGAUAAUCCAUUCAUUGAUUGACCACUACACUGGGUCAGCAUCCAACUGCGGAGAGAGUCUUUACCCUUGCCCCCCAAGCGAAAGAGACUGGUGGUCUCGGUAUCGGUAAGAUCAUUUUGGUCCUCUGUUUUGGAGCGACAAUCAAUCAACAUGGUCAGCAUGCCCGCUCACCUUGGCUCUCCAACCAACAUGGGUUUCUCUCUGGUCCCUACUGA